AUGUUCUCUGUAGCUGUGAUCCUGCUGCUGGCUGCUGCAUCCUGUGUUGAUGGUCAGACUCUGACAGAAUCUGAAUCAGUGGUUAAACGGCCUGGAGAGUCCCACACACUGACCUGCACAGCCUCUGGAUUCACAUUCAGUAGCUACUGGAUGCAUUGGGUGAGACAGACUCCUGGAAAAGGACUGGAGUGGGUUGCUGCUCUUGAUACUGGUAGUGGUAGCAACAAGUACUACUCUCAGUCAGUUCAAGGCCGAUUUACCAUCUCCAGAGACAACAACAGACAGCAGCUGUAUCUGCAGAUGAACAGCCUGAAGACUGAAGAUUCUGCUGUUUAUUAUUGUGCUCGAGAUGACUACGCUUUUGACUACUGGGGGAAAGGCACGAUGGUCACCGUCACCUCAGCCUCUUCAACUGGACCAACUGUGUUUCCUCUGAUACCAUGUGGCUCUGAGAGCGGAGAGAUGGUCACUCUUGGCUGCCUUGCCACCGGCUUUAACCCUUCUUCAGUGACUUUCUCAUGGAACAAAGGCGGCACUGCCUUGGAGGACUUCAUUCAGUACCCUGCAGCACAGAAGGGCGAUGUUUAUACUGGAGUCACUCAAGUCCGAGUGAGGAGACAGGACUGGGAUGCAAGACAGAAUUUCCAGUGUGUUGCGAAUCAUGCUGCUGGGAAUGCACAGGCUGAUAUCAGAAAAAUAGUGCCGUUUCGUAAGAAUGCAACUCUUAAAGUCUUUUCGCAUUCUGAUGAGGACGGCAGCUGUACCAUCUCCUGCUUUGCCAAAGAGUUUGCACCAAAGAAACAUACGAUAACAUGGCAGAAAAAUGGAGUGGACAUCACCAGCAAAAAAGAUAUGAUCAGUACAGUUUCAGAACAGAUACAACUGAAUGAAAAUGAGGUCGUGUAUAAUGCAGUGAGUGUUCUCACAGUAAAUUCCAAUGACUUGGAUGGAAACACUGAAUUUUCAUGUCUGUUUGACGGAGGAGAAAAUCAGUCUUUGAAUAAAUCUGUGCCUUGCAAAGAUUGCAGAGGUCCUGUAUCAUGUCCUACAGAUAAUGUGAAGGUAGAUCUCAUCGGCCCCACAACUAAGAGCAUGCUUUUACAUAAAAAAGGAACUGUGACAUGUAAAGUCACAGCAGAAAAUAAAGGACUCAGUAUAACUUGGGAGAGAGAGGAUGGAAGAGAUGUAUUAGGCAAUCCAAUGACUAAAGUCAAUGGCAAUGGGAAGACAUACAAGUCUGAAAUUGACAUCACCUUUGACGAAUGGGCCAGGGGUGUGGAACGCACUUGUCUUGUUCACCACGACGAUUUGCUGGAGCCAAUGACGAGAACUUAUACAAGGAGAUUCGGACAACGACUUGAGCGUCCUUCAGUUUUUAUGCUGCCUCCAUUAGAACACACUAGCAAAAAAAUGGUGACCCUGACUUGCUUUGUGAAAGACUUCUUCCCUAAGGAUGUUUAUGUGUCCUGGCUUGUGAAUGACGAUGAAGCAGACUCAUCUGCAUUUAGUACCACAGAACCUAUUGAAACCAAAGGAAGCUAUUCUGCUUACAGCCAGUUGUUUGUCAGCCUGGACCAGUGGAAAAGGCCUGAUGCCGUCUAUAACUGUGUAGUGUACCACGAAUCUGUGGUCAACACAACUCAAGCUAUUGUCAGGUCCACUGGGUACAAAACAUUUGAAAAUACCAACCUCGUCAACCUCAACAUGAACAUCCCUGAAACGUGCAAGGCCCAGUAGAUGUCAUUUCAUGUCUCUGUGUCUCCUGUUACUUGUUGUUUAAUGUUUGUUGUUUGUGAUAUGACAUUGUGUUUGUGUGUUUUAAUGCAGAUUCAAAAUAAAAAAAAAACACUUUGCAA